GGAGGCCCCAAAUUCAUACUAUAAUAUGGUCAAUAAAAAGAACGAGCUUCACAAAAAUGUGUUAAAAUACACACACAUUAUUGUAUUAUAUUCAUCUUUACAUCAUUUAAAAAGAAAACAUAUUUUCGUCAUUAUUUAUUUUAUAUGUUUUAUUAUUGUAGAUGUAACCAGACCUGUAUACAUCCGUGGAUGCGCAAACGAGCGAGGUAAUUGCGAAGACAUAAGGAAAUCUCACGAGGGUCAUCCGAAUAUAGUGAAGUUGUUAUCCUGCCAUGAAUGUUAUGGUGACAAAUGUAACACAAACGGAGUUUCAAAAUCAAUGCCAGAUAUUGCUGUAGCAUUGUUUUUCCUUAUAGUCAGUCCAUUGCUUACGAAACAUACAAUGUCUUGAACAAUCUGAAACUAUUUAAAGGUGGGGCUAUGCUAGCGCGUCAAACACGAGCGGAAUCGUUCUGUACGCCAUCGCAUGCGGUGUUUCGAUCGUCAAAUAACCGAUCAUACUUUACUCAAUAUUAAUGCACAUCAAAAACCUACAGUAUUUAUCUUACGUAACAACAAUACAUCUAUUUUUUCAGU